AUGGCGUAUACGCGGAUAGCACGAUGCAUUGCCACUUUAACUAAUCUCUUAUUUCUUUCUGUAUCUAUUUCUCUUCUUCUAAUUACUCUUCUAUCAGCAUUCAAUCCACCAAAGCCUGUAGUUUCACCAGAAAGAGUCAAUGAAUAUCCACAGUUCAUCGUAACACUUCUUCUCAUCGGCUGCUAUGCAACUUUCCUCUUUGUUUUGUCACUUCUUGGACUCGUUUCAUUGUGUUUUCUCAACUCGAUUCUUCUAUUCGUGUUUAUCCUUGGACAAGUUGCUAUGAUGUUCAUGAUUGGAAUUUCGUUCGCUUUUACACUAACAGUCAGAAAAAGAUUACAUAUGAAAUUGGAAGAUAUCUGGAAGAACAAACCGAGUUGUUUAGAAGGCCAACCAUGCGUUCCACUUGAUACUUUUAGAAGUUCCGAAAAUCUUCUUAUAUGUCUUCUGCUUAUAUUUUUUGCUGUUCAGAUAAUUCAAUUGAUCGCCAGUUGGUAUCUGUGUGAACGAAGAUCCAGUCAAGAGAAAUACAAGUUACAAUUACAAAAAGCAGAUGAAGAUGACGAGAUCCAAGCGGGUUGGAGUAGAAUGGGUAAAAAUGCCGACGAUCAUCACCCAUUGCUCCACACAACGCCCGAGGGUGCGGUUAAAAUUCCGGUGCCGUCGGUGUCAGUUGGCAGAGAAUCAACGCAAGCGAGAAGUGGUAUGAAGACCGCAAUCCUGAUAUGGCUUACCCUCCAAAACAGUAUACAUACUCUCCUGAUCAGAUACUCCCGUGCACGUGAAGUAGAUGCUAUGUUUGUAAGUACAGUAGCUGUGUGGUUGACAGAAGUCAUCAAAUGUGUAAUCUGUCUGUUUUUAGUUGCUCAAGAAGAAACUCCAAGAAGGUUCGUACAUGCCCUCAAAACGCAGAUUCUUGAACAGCCCUAUGAUACAAUGAAAGUAUGCAUACCGGCCAUGAUUUACAUAGUUCAAAAUAACUUAUUCUACGUGGCAGCUUCUCAUUUAGAUGCAGCAACCUUCAUGAUAACAUCACAACUAAAGAUUUUCACCGCUGCUAUUUUCACGGUUAUCAUCUUGCGCAGAUCUCUCAAUAGGACACAAUGGUUUGCCCUCGCAGUACUAUUUGCUGGAGUUUCACUAGUACAAUUACAAGGAACAAAAUCAAAAGAAAUUGCUGGCGAGUCUCCAUUCAUCGGAUUUGUUGCAGUUGUAGUCGCAUGUUGUUUGUCUGGAUUUGCUGGAAUUUAUUUCGAAAAAAUUCUGAAAGGAUCCGCUCCAGUCUCGCUGUGGAUGAGAAAUGUCCAGAUGGCAGUAUUCGCGAUUCCAUCUUCCUUUCUCGCAAUUUAUAUGCAAGACGCAAAAACAGUAAAUGAGUAUGGACUUCUGUAUGGGUUCGAUUCCAUUGUCUGGCUUACUGUACUUUGGUACGGUAUUGGAGGUCUCUCUGUUGCGGUUUGCAUCAAGUAUGCCGAUAACAUUGCCAAGAAUUUUGCCACAUCAGUCGCUAUAGUUCUUUCAACGAUUGGAUCCAUGUUCCUCUUCGAUUUCAUUCCAUCGUUAACUUUCUUGCUCGGUGCCGCACUUGUGAUAUUUUCGAUUUUCCUCUAUUCUUCUCAUCAGUCAAUGGUUGCAGCUCUUAGUCGACUACGAGGAGAAAUUCCUUCUACGAAGGAGGCGUUUUGUUUGUAA